UGCUGGCCCUGUUGCUGGAAUGGCUUUAGCUGGAACCGCAUUAGCUGUAACAAUACCAAUUGAUAUUGAUUCUAUUAUAUAUCAUAGCUACAACAUACACAAAGCAAAAAAUGACCCAACUGGAAGAACAGCAAGCAAUAAAGCAGUGAAAAUGUUAAAUAACACAAUAGAAGGAUUGCUCAAAGGCAUGUGUCAUGCAAUUGAUGAAGUUGAGUAUGAAGUUCAAAUUGGAAAAAAUAUUCUAAGGGAUGAGAAUUGUGGCUAUGAAAUUGAGGUGCCAGUAAAAAGAAAAGAACAGCAUAAAGUCACAGUUCGUACUAUCUUCUCUGGUCCAUUUGUUUUUCCUGGUGGGUAUACUCUUGUAAGUGCUGUAUAUGAUAUCACAAUGCCAAAGCUACCUCAACCAGCAACCAUUAAGCUGGAGCAUUGUGUUGAUGAAUCUGAUCAGACUAGACCAGAUUUGUGUUUUGCCAUUGGUAGCAUUGACUUGAAGGAAAAAAAGAUAACCAUUGAAGAAGUGGAUCAAGAGUUUAAUGGAUCAAUUCAACAAAAAAGUAGCUGCCUGUUAUGCAUAUUGCACAAGAAAACAUUGCAAGACAAAGAAGUUGUGAAAUAUGCUGCUCAAUGUUUUUAUGAGAGACAAUACAAGAACUUUUGGAUUCUGAAUAUUAUCUUUACAAAGUUACUCAGUGCUAACUUCAAGUAUGCUCAAGAAAGAUUUGGUUUUGAAGGCUCAUGCAAUUUAUUUUUCUUUGAUUCUUACAUGCUCUCUCUUGACCUAACUUGCUUUAAAAAUUCACAUGAGUUCUCAGGAUGGAUGGUAUCACCAAAUGAAGAUGAAGAAAUGCCCAGCACUAUAUCAAUGGAAGACAUUUACUGUGCUGAAUUGAGGGAAGGGAGUGCUAAAGUGCAUAAAAAAGCAUUUCCCUCAAUCAGUUUAUAUGUUUAUAUUUUCGAUGAAAAAACUGCUACUGAUGAAAUAGAUGUGUCAUUCAAAAUUGGAGGAACAAACUUAAGCAUUAAUAUCAAUCGUCAAAAAGAAUAGAUUUGUGCUUUAGUGAUAAUUAUUGAAAUCUACUUUUAAUUAUUUGAAUUGUGAUGAUUACUGUAUAUACAUGUAGAAUUGUAGAUAGGCCAAGCUGGUAUGAUUUUAUUAUUUUGUGUGCAUUACAUAUUAUGAAGUACAGAAUUUAAUUCUCAAUAACUUUGUUAUUUUCAAUCAAA